UUGCCCUUCCUGCUGAUUUUCCAGCAGCCGGAUCUCGGGACCGCGGUCACGCUGUUGCCCGUCUGUUUCGGGAUUCUGAUAUUGGCCGGGCUGCCGCUGCGGUAUAUCGCGGCGCUGGCGGUGGUGGCCGUCCUGAGCGCGCCUGUGGUCUGGACCUAUGGGCUGGAGGACUACCAACGGCAGCGCAUCUCGAGUUUCCUGGACCCGUCGCAGGAUGCGCGCGGCGCCGGGUACCAGCAGAUUCAGGCCCAGAUCACGGUCGGAUCGGGCGGAACGCUCGGGAAAGGGUUCCUGCAGGGGACCCAGAGUCAGUACAACUUUCUGCCGGUCGCGCACAACGAUUUCAUCUUCUCGGCGUAUGCCGAGGAACAAGGGUUCCUGGGCGUGGUGGUCGCGCUCGGGCUGUAUCUGUUCGUCAUCCUGCGUGGGCUCGACGUCGCCCGCCUGGCCAAGGAUCGCCUGGGCACCUACGUGGUGGUCGGAAUCAUGUCGGGGUUCUCGUUCCAGGUCAUCUACAACAUCGCCAUGUCGGCGGGGUUCGCGCCGGUCAAGGGACUCACCUUACCGCUCAUGAGCUAUGGCGGUUCCUCCAUCAUCGCCACGCUGGCGGCAUUUGGACUCAUUCUCAACGUGAGGAUGCGCAGAUUCACGAACUGA